AUGCUGGUCCGCAGGGGCGCGCGCGCGGGGCCCGGGCUGCCGCGGGGCUGGACUGCGCUCUGCUUGCUGAGUUUGCUUGCCUCUGGGUUCACAGAUACCGGCAACUUGACUGCUACUACCACAGGACCAUAUAUCACAAGAACAUCUUUAGCUGUUCCUACAAAUGUAUCUGACCAGGAAACCAUAACACCAAGUACCACUGGAAGUACCAGCCCCAGCCAUGUCUCUCAGAACAGCAGUGGGACCUCAGAAGUCCAUGUUUCUUUCUCAGAGUCUACAGUCAACUUCACCAUUCCUGGAACCAUGAACUCUACUGUCCAGUCACAGACUUCUGUAACCUUCACAGUAUUCACCACCUCAACCAACUUUUCAACUUCAGAGAACACCUUGGGGCCCAGCACGUUUCCUGGAAAUGUUUCAAGUGCCCCAUCCAAUAGCACCAGCCUUAUGACAUCUCACACUAAAUCCUAUACAUCAUCUCCUCCUACUCUAGUUACCAUUCAGGGAGUAAUCAACUGUUUGGAAAUCAAACAAGUGAAAUUGACCCAGGGCAUCUGCCUGGAGCAGAAUGAGACCUCCAGAUGUGAGGACUUUAAGGGGGAAAAAGGAGAGGGCCUGAUCCAAAUACUGUGUGAAAAGGAACAGGCUGAGGCUGGGGCUGAGAGGUGUUCCUUGUCCCUGGCCCAGUCAGAGAUAAAGCCUCAGUGCCUGAUGCUGAUCGUGGCCAACAGAACAGAACUUGUCAACAAGCUCCAACUUAUGAAAAAACACCAGUCUGCCCUGGGCAAGCUGGGCAUCCACAACUUCACUGAAGAAAAGCUUCUGAGCCACCAGAGCUAUUCCCGCAAGACCCUGAUUGCUCUGGUGACCUCAGGAAUCCUGCUGGCUAUCUUGGGCACCACUGGCUAUUUCCUCAUGAACCGCCGCAGUUGGAGCCCCACGGGAGAGAGGCUGGGCGAAGAGCCUUAUCACACGGAGAGCGGUGGAGGCCAGGGCUAUAGCUCAGGCCCUGGGGCCUCCCCCGAGGCCCAAGGAAAGGCCAGUAUGAACCGAGGGGCUCAGGAGAACGGGACUGGCCAGGCCACAUCCAGAAACGGCCAUUCAGCAAGACAGCACGUGGUGGCUGAUACUGAACUGUGA